CGGAAUCGGAUAGCGGCCAGGUCAUCGCGCGGGUUCGCGGAACCCAUCCGCGCCGUGGCGAGGCCGAGCCGGACGACCGAGGAGUCCGCAUCCGCGACGACGCGCCGCGAGGCUGCCGUUAGCGCCGCGUUCGCGCUCGCCGCGCUCGUCGCCGGCCCCGCCGAGGCGACGCCCCCGAGGCAGUCCUUCGAGGUUCCCCCCGACGCCUUCAAACCCUUACCCGGAACUAACCCCCCGAUCAUGUACUACGACAUCAAGGGCGGCGGGUCCACCGAGGGCGGCGCCAGGCCCGGCCAGCGCGUCGCCGUUCACUUCGACGUCAAGUUUCGCCGAAUCACAAUCGCGACGUCCAGACAGGGCGCGGGCGUGACCGGAGGCGUCCCGUACGGCUUCCAGGUGGGCGCCCCCGCGGGCACACCCGGCGGGCCCUUCAUCAAGGCCUUCAACGAGGGCAUCAAGGGCAUGGGCCCCGGACAGUUCAGGCGUAUGAUCGUCCCGCCCGAGUACGCGUACGGAAACACUCAGGUGCAGGAGAUACCGCCAAACUCCACGCUCACCGUGGACCUGGAGCUCCUCAGCGUCGCGGCGAGGGCGUGAGCGAGUGGAAAAACCCGUGGUGAUGGGAAAGGGACGGACGCCGGGUGCGGAUCGAGAGGAAGAGAGAGGGGUAGAAGGGGACUCGUCGGCGGCGCGCCCGCUUUGAACUUAUUUCAGCUCCACUU